CCGCUGGUCACCCUACCAAACAGUUUAUUUUCAAACAAAUAAAGACCAAAACAUAAACAAGUUUUCGCUACGGAACGGCGUCGAUGUUUUACCGGUGAAUGCUGCUAGAUCCUCGCGAUAUCUUUUUAGGAUGGCCCACCCCACCAUUUGCAGUGCCCGAACCUGCACCAACCGGAUCGGCCCUUCGGACCGCUGCUUCCCGUUCCCAUCCGGUUCGCGUGGCAUUACGUGGCAGGAGCUCCUUCUCGGCACAGUCAACCGGAGCACCGGAACGCUAAUCGUGUGCAGCUCACACUUCUCCGAGCAGCAGUACGUCCGAGCUAAAAACGGCCAGCUGCACCUCUGCAAGCACGCCCUGCCCGAUCUGAACGUGAUCGCCAACGGCAACGAGUGCCGCUUCUGUUUGGAACCGUCCAAGUCGAACAUGUACCCGCUGUUUACGCAACAUGCGGACGUACCGUCGCUCGCGGACAUUGAACGCACCGUCAACAUCCGGAUCCGGCCGCACGACGGGCUGCCCCAGCUGGCCUGCGCCACCUGCAUGUCCAAAAUCCGCUACAUCAAACGCAUCCAGGACCAGUUCCAGGAAAGCGACCGGAAGCUGCGCGUUCGGCUAGGAGUGCCGAUGGACCAGCCGGAAUCGGACGAGGAACCUGCCAUGGAGGAAGAGUAUCUGGUGGAGCAGCACCCCGCAAAGCCGGACGCCGACCAGGACAACAUUCUGCUAACCGCCGACCAACUCACAAUCAUAGAGGGAGCCCAGGAGGAAAUUGAAACCAGUGAAACCGCCAACGAAUCACCGGAAGUGCCAGAAGAACCGCCGGAAUGUGCGGUACUCUUCAGCGGGGACAUUCAAGAAUCGACGGAAAACAACGGCGAAUACGACAUGACUGAGCUGGCCGAGGGCGCGGAUUCGGAUGAUGCUGCAGCGAACGGGAACGAUUCGGACGAGACGGACCAGAAAAAUGGAAACCCGUACAAACCGUUCCGGUACUCGAAGCGGGCGCGGCGGGGAGAUUAGUUGCGGGGUAUUAAUACAGACGAUCAGCACGA